AAAAAGGAAAACAGCAAAAGAGUCCGAGAGAGAAACACACAGAGAGGCAGAAGGAGAAAGAAAGGGACGUGACUGGACUGAUCGUAAAAAAGUAGUGCGGUUACAAUGCUCGUUUAGAGAAGAGGCGCGGAGGAAAAUCCACCGCAGGAUCCGUGCACCUUUUCCAAAUUUGUUCAAGAGGUUGUGGGGUCUCAAAAACAGAGUCUGAGUUCGGAGAUUGAAGACAGAGAAACACACACUCACAGACGCUCAACCUGAAGUGAGUUACGAUGGAAGAUCUGUGCGAGAUGGACUGCACGGUGCUGAAGCGGCUCCUGAAGGACGACAGCGCCAAGUGCCUGCUGCUGGACUGCCGCUCCUUCCUCGCCUUCAGCGCGGGGCACAUCCGGGGGGCCGUCAACGCCCGCUGCAACACCAUCGUCCGGAGAAGGGCAAAGGGCUCCGCGCUGAGCCUGGACCAGGUACUGGCCGGGGAUGAAGAGGUCCGUAGCCGCCUCCGGUCUGGGAUGUACUCCGCUGUGGUUCUGUACGACGAGAGGACACCGGACGCGGACACGGUGAAAGAGGACAGCACCCUAACUCUGGUGCUCAACGCUCUGUUCAGGGACUCAACGGGAACGCACAUAUACCUGCUGAAAGGGGGAUACGACAAAUUUUUCACAGAGUAUCCAGAGUUUUGUUUAAAGACCAAAUCCAUACCAUCCCUCACCAGCCAGUCCAGUGUCGACUCUUCCUGCUCAUCGUGUGGAACGCCACACAAUGAUCAGGGCGGCCCAGUGGAGAUCCUCCCAUUCCUCUACCUUGGCAGCGCCCUUCACGCUUCAAAGAAAGAAGUUUUGGAUGCCAUAGGAAUCUCUGCUUUAUUGAACGUGUCGGCUGACUGUCCCAACCACUUCGAGGGCGUUUACCAGUACAAGUGUAUCCCAGUGGAGGACAACCACAAAGAAGAUAUCAGCUGCUGGUUCCAGGAGGCCAUUGAGUUCAUAGAUUCAGUACGGGACUCCAGUGGGCGAGUGCUGGUCCAUUGUCAAGCAGGUAUCUCCCGUUCUGCAACCAUCUGCUUGGCCUACCUGAUGAAGAGGAAGCGGGUGCGUUUGGAAGAAGCCUUUGAGUUUGUGCGCAGGCGCCGCAGCAUCAUCUCCCCCAACUUCAGCUUCAUGGGCCAGCUGCUGCAAUUCGAGUCACAAGUCCUCGCCACCUCGUGCGCUGCUGAGGCUGCAGCCACGGCGAGCCCCCUUCUUGGACCCAAGUCAACAACAGCCACCACCUCAACGACGACCACGCCCACAUCUCCAUUCAUUUUCAGCUUCCCAGUCUCAGUGGUGAAUCCUGCCUACUUGCACCACAGCCCCAUUACAACCUCCCCCGGCUGCUGAUGGACAGCCAGUCACAGCCUUUUUGCUGAAACUGAAGUGAGCACAGACUGGCCUGCCGUUGGCUGGAUAAGCUGUCAGUCUCCCAGACCACUGCAGUAAGUACAUGCUUCCAUGGUGGGAAAGUGAGAAGCAGCACGGUGUGUGAUUCAAAACACACCAAAAAGACUUUUUGAAGUUCACAACCUAGCCAACGCUCCUUCCAGUUUCAAAAGACAUUUAUUCCACUUGACCAAAAAUGAACUGGCUUUCAAAACUUGUUUCUGUUAUAAAGUUCAGCUGGAGCGUUGGACUGAUGUCAACUUAAGAUACAGAUACACUUCCUUCCAACAUGCACAGAGACCCACUGACACAGAGAGGCCUACGCAGCAGCAAAACUCUCUUUUUCUCUCUCCCACACACACACGUUCAUGACUACCAACUGAAUAAGCUCAGUAUGAAGACGGCCUGUUGCUAUGGAGACGAGGUCUUUAGGAGAGGAGAUGGACACAGGAAGGAAGGAGGAAUUUUAAGCACCCGCUCUUUCCUCUUUGGGUGUCCCUCCUGUUACCAGACAAAAGAGAUGGAUGGAAAAAAGAGGGGAGGAGAUGGUGACAGAAAGCAGGAGCCUCUUCAGUGACAGGUGCUCUGCCGGGGAUCCGACCGGAGCUUCCUGUCCUUCAUACGUCCUCUUCCUCUCUCCAUCUCUCCCCCUCACCUUCCUCUCCUCUCAUCUCCUUUUCAUCCCUUUAUAUUACCUCCCUCCUCCUCAUCCUCUCAUCUCUGCCUCUCAUCUUCAGCCUGAUGGCACCACCCCACCCCCCACUCCCCUCCUUCUCCUUCGGUUCCUGUCUCCUCCAAAUGAAGAGGCUAAAUAAAUAAAAUAAGAUGCCAAAUAAAGGCCAGGGCCCUUUCAAAUGGACUGGGAAACCCCUUUGCAAGCCCCUGACACACUUUAGGAAAGCCCAUCUGUUACAUCACAUAAAAUGUUUUAGAUGAAAGGGCUGAAAAAUAGAGAAUGAAGAGGUGAAAAUGAGUUUUGCUAAGUGGCAUGCAUAGAUCCAAGAGUCUUCUUUUUGGUCAAAUGGUAGAACUGAGGGAACAGUAGCCCUGGAAGACAGCCACUUAAACAACCAUGCUGGUGUUUUUUUUUAUUUUUAAUCUAUUAUGUAUUCAACACCUUUUUUCCAAUUUUCCAAAACAUACAUCACUUUCACGACCUGGGUUUCAGUUCUUUUCAGCCGAGAUGUUUUCAUAGCAUAUUGAAAUGAACUGAAAACACUGGCUCCUGUUGGUUGCCUUGGAAAAUGAUCUUUUUUUUAUAUAUGUAAUGGGCAAAAAAUGCACAUCGUUUGAAGAUGGUCUUUUAAGGUGUUUGUGCCUUGUUCAUAAAAGAUUUAGGCAUCUCUGAUUGUUUUUUUUCUCUUGCAUAAAUAUUGGAAAGCAGAUUGCUGAAUGUUAGGCCAGACCUGUAAAAAUCUCAUCAUUUCAACAGUGCAGAACAGACUUGGUCACACUGUCAAAAAAGCAACAUUUUUCUGUUUGUAUUCUUUUAGACACACUCUUUAUAAACACAUACACACAUAAUGUAAUACGUAGACAAAGGUUUUACAAAAAACAUUAUGUAGACAUUAAAAUACUAAUUGAACAUAAAAAAAAGACUUAAAAAAAUCAUUACAACCAUAAAUUAUUGAGGCAUUGACAUUUUGGAUCUAAAUAAGGAUUCACAUGUAUCAUCUGAGAUUGCUGCAGAUUCACCUUUUUCACUAAGACAACUUAACUAUUGGGUUAAGAAAACUAUUUUGUUUCCCCUUUUAAAUCCAUUUCUAAAUCGGUCCAACGUGACCUACUGACUCUCCACCCAGCUGAGCACAAGGCUUCAUUAAAACUCACAUUAAAUUUUCAUAUCACAAUUUUAUACCAUAACUGUAGUAAUUAAGCUUCAAGCUAAGCUAAGAUAUACACUGUGCUAGACCAACAAAGGCAAAAAAGAAAUAAAAAAAAAGUUCUAUAAACACCCAUACACACACAUUUUAAAUAAAACAAACUUUCUCAGUUUUUGCAGAUUGUCAGAAAAUAUCUCUGUAGCACUUUGAAGUGAUGCAAUACCGUAUUUGUAAUUUAUGAUUGAUUUGCACAUCAUGGUGAUGGAUGCCAGACUGACUUGACUAUGUACACAUAAUUAUAGAGAGAGAGGAGGAGAGUGAGAAGAGAGCCAAUCAAUGAAAAAUGCAAUACUUUGUACUCAUCUGUAUGGUUUGUACCUGUUUAUCUGUCUCUUUGUGUUAGUCAUUCUGUCUUAGGUGUGUCUCUUGUCCAAUCAUUGCUGUUUACCCAUCGUGACAAUAUCAGUCCUCGAAAACAAAAUUUCCCCUCAGUUUUAUUGUAGAAUGAAUGAUCUGUACAUUUAUUUAUUACUGAAGAUCCACUGUUGAAUAAACAAUGUUCUUAAGUAA